CGCGGGCGGAAGCGGCCGGGACGGGCGGGUGCCGGAGGGGUCGCGGCGGCCUCGCCAUGGUGGAUUACAGCGUGUGGGACCACAUCGAGGUCUCCGACGACGAGGACGAGACUCACCCCAACAUCGACACCGCUAGUCUCUUCCGAUGGCGGCACCAGGCCCGAGUGGAGCGGAUGGAGCAGUUCCAGAAGGAGAAGGAGGAGCUGGAUAAAGGCUGCCGGGAGUGCAAGCGGAAACUCGCCGAGUGCCAGAAGAAAAUGAAGGAGCUGGAAGUGGCUGAGCCUGGCAGCGGGAAGGGGGAGCUGGAGAAGCUUCAGGCUGAGGCACAGCAGCUGAAGAACGAGGAGAAAAGCUGGGAGAACAAGCUGGAGGAGCUGAGGAAGAAGGAGAAGAACAUGCCCUGGAACGUGGACACGCUCAGCAAGGACGGGUUCAGCAAGAGCGUUUUCAACGUUAAGCCUGAGGAGAAGGAGGAGACAGAGGAGCAGAAGGAAAAGAAACACAAAACCUUUGUGGAGCGAUACGAAAAGCAGAUUAAACAUUUUGGGAUGCUGAGGCGUUGGGAUGACAGCCAGAAAUACCUGUCGGAUAAUCCUCACCUGGUGUGCGAGGAGACAGCCAACUACCUGGUCAUCUGGUGCAUUGACCUGGAGGUGGAGGAGAAACAUGCGCUGAUGGAGCAGGUGGCUCACCAGACCAUCGUCAUGCAGUUCAUCCUGGAGCUGGCCAAGAGCCUCAAGGUGGAUCCCAGGGCUUGCUUCCGGCAGUUUUUCUCCAAAAUCAAGACAGCAGACCAGCAUUACCUGGAGGGUUUCACGGAGGAGCUGGAGGAGUUCAAGGAGCGCGUGCGGGACCGGGCGCGGGCGCGGCUGGAGAAGGCGCUGCGCGAGUACGAGGAGGAGGAGAGGCAGAAACGCCUCGGGCCCGGUGGGCUCGACCCUGUGGAUGUCUACGAGUCCCUGCCUGCUGAACUGCAGAAAUGCUUUGAUGUCAAAGACGUUCAGAUGCUGCAGGACGCAAUCAGCAAAAUGGACCAAACCGAGGCCAAGUACCACAUGCAGCGUUGCAUCGACUCGGGACUGUGGGUGCCCAACGCCAAAGGCGGGGAUGGGGCGGAGAAAGGGGCAGGGGAAGCUGUGUAUGAGGAGAUCCAGAAGGAAAACGGCGCCGAGGACAAAGCGAAACCCUGAGACCCUGAGAAAAAAAAAUAGGCUGAAAAGGUCAAAACAAACAAACAAAAAAUCACACUCAACCAACCCUGUUGGAAAAGUAGCAAAAGCAGGAGGGGAGGGGGUCAUGCUUUGCCCCCUCCCCGUUCCCCUCACCCCCCCUCCCCGUGCUUUUCACGCCCUAGAGACUUUUGGGGAAAGUUUCGGGAGGUUUGGGGCCCCUCCUCAUCUCCUCCCUCAGCACCCCCAGCUUGGGAUCUGGGAGGGUUCAGGGGGGUUUGAGGGUUUUGGGAGUGGUCGGAGCCGCGGUGGCAGAGAGGAGAAUAAAGAGAUUGGAGAAGCUGA